AUGGUUGGUUAUGACCCUAAAGAGAAAACUAAGGCCUUAUCAAAGGCUCAAUAUGGUCUGGCGGGAGCUACCACCGGCUGUGUGACCAGGGCCCUGCUUCAGCCUCUUGAUGUUCUCAAGAUUCGCUUCCAGGUACUUAUAUUUCUUGAAGCGAGGUCUUUACUGCAGCUGGAACCUGUGCGGAGUGGUAUGGUGGCCGGGAAGUAUGUGGGAAUGUUCCAUGCAAUGAGAGUCAUUGUUCAAGAGGAGGGACUCAUUGCACUGUGGAAGGGGCAUGCCAGUGGCCAGGUCCUUUCUGGGAUAUUUGGCAUCAUGCAUGUUUCAACAAAUGCUGAGUUUUGGUUGCAGCUCCUGAGUUAUGAGAUCUUGACAAAGGAGGCAUGGACACGCUACCCGAGAGAGACCAACCGUGUGGCAAUCAACCUUGCAUGUGGUGGUUCUGCUGGCAUCAUUGCCACAGUGGCAUCUUUCCCUUUUGAUGUUGUCCGUACCCGCUUUGUCAGCCAAGGAGAGCCUAAGGUUAGUCUUAUCUACACAGGCAUGAUCCCUGCAUUUUCAGGCCUACUACGUGAGGGUGGGGUGAUGGCUAUGUACAAGGGCCUUCGACCCACUCUCCUCAUGAUUGCUCCCUAUUCCGCCCUUCAAUUUGCCUUCUACCAACUCCUAGUAGAUCUGUGGCGACACCUUCAAAGGCAGCCUGACCAUGGGAGUCUUGACAUGGUAGGGAGCCUGGUGUGUGGGAGUCUAUCAGGUGUCAGUGCAAGGACGUUUACCCAUCCUCUGGAUGUCAUGAAGAAAAGGCUUCAGGUCCAGGGCUUCGAGGAGGCACGAAGACCAUUUGGAAAAGUGGGCUUCUUUCAUACAUGCACUGACCUAAUCAAUUGCCUUUAUUACCCUAGGCAUCCCCACUUUUUAAAGUCCAGAAAUUUUGCUGGAGUAACCAAAAACUAAAGUCAUGACCAAUAAUGUAAUGCUACACAGAGGGGUUGUUGGGAGUAGCUGAAAAAGAAAAUUUGAAAUUUGAAAUCAGCAAGCUACUGGAACUUUGGUAUAGGAAUUGAACUAUGGAGUUGGUGCCAAAUAUUCUCCUAGAUGGGUCAAAUAGGAUGGUUUCAGGAUGCCAAGUCACCUUGAAAAUGUAGUAGCAGGUCUGUUACUUUAAAGGACAGUAUUGGAAUUCUGUUCUAAUGUCUGCAGAGAAAAGUCUGCUUUUGCUAUGGGAUGGGAAUACUUUUAUGUCUGGUGGUAUUUGAUGCCAGCAUGUGAUUGGCGUGGUGGUCCUUGUUUCUGCAUCACCCAUGUAUCACUUUCACCUUCCUAAUUUUCCUCAUUCUUGAUUGCAUGUUUGCUACCUCCAUUGAGCAUCUAUGAUCAUUCUGCUUAUGUAGAGAAGCUGAUUGCUUGUAUUAACUUAUCUCUUCUAAAGUCAUUUUCAUCAUGGUUAACCCUGUAACUACCAUUCUGGGUUGAGUGAACUCUGAAAUAAAAAUUGAUCCUUUUGUGUAGGCUGUGCCCUAAAUUUGUAAAGUCCAAUACUCUGUGCAUUUUCAUGAAGAUAUGUAAGUGUAAUCAAGCAAAGUAUUUUGAAAGUUUCCUUGGGAAUGAAUAGGUGAAAGAAAGAAUUAAACUUAUGGCCAUCCAGGUACUAGUAGUUGCAGGGUUAUAAAUAUUCUUCCCAAUGGAAAGACUGGUAAUAAAAAAAAAAGUGAGAAACAAAUUUUAAGCAGGAAAGUGAACUACUGCUUGUGUCUUGGUGGAUGUGCACACUGACUUAAAAUGCCAUAAUGGCCAAGCAUACUUCCUUAAAAAUGAAAGGCUGCAUCUGUAGUUAGCUUUGUUAAUGAAAUUUGUUACAUGAACUCUUAGUAUGGGCUAACGAAAGAAAUGGCUUGUCAACAAUGCAUGCGUAAAAUGCCAGGUGGCUCUUAUUCAUCAUUCCUGUCAGUUGGCUUUUACAAUAGUAUCAUGUAUUUACCUCUGAAGCAAUGCCAUGACCCUGUUAUACUGGGUGGCCCAACAAAAGGUAUGAACUUUGUGCAUCUGAAGAUGGGGCAUCAUGCUAAGCAUCAUCUUGAAAUUUUCAGUGUCAUCCUCAGUAUAUGUAGAUGGUUUUAGGAAAAUUUCAAUGAAAUUCUGCUCUGAACAUGUGUGAGAGCACUUUCCAUGCAAGCCCUCAGAUGAAUAAGUAUGUCGGUGUGUUUGCCGGUGUGCUGCCUCAGUGGGUGAUCACUGGAGGACCCAUCAAGCAAUUCUUUCAUUGAGAUUGGCCAAUACAAUGGGCUAAUGGACUGCUUCUUGCAAGUGUUCCAUGAAGAAGGAUGGCAUGGCUUCUUCAAGGGAUAUGUUCCAAGCCUGGUGAAGGCAGGGGCUGCCACUGGUGUAUACUUCUGUGUCUACGAACAGACUUGCAAGUUCCUCCGUCUCUGGGAGACAACCCAGACUGAGACUCUGCAAGAACCAAGACAGUGGUGAUGCUGUGGCUCCUGUCCUUCAGUAUCUGUAGUUACCUGAGCCUGUGAUGCACAAGGUGCCCCUUUUCCCCCAAUAGUUUCUCUCUCAACCUCUUCAUACAGCUGAGAAUAUAGCUGCUAUUUCUUUAGAAGAAAUAAGUUGUGAAUAUAAAUGCAUCC